AUGAAACUACUAUCGAUUAUCUCCUUCGCCCUGGUGGCUUCGGUCGCCCUCAGUCAGCCUCAGACUAGCCGCACACUGCAGGAAGAUUUCGAUGAUUUUGUCGCUCUACUCCCAUUUGAGGACAUCGUCGCUGUUGCCAUGCGGUACUUCCUAACCGACAAGGAAGUGCAAGCCGCCGUUCAGUACAUCACCGGUCCGGAGUUCGCCGCCGUUUGGGAUCAGGUAUUCGCUCUCAAGGAAGUGCUCGAUAUUCUCGACUACCUGGAGGAAGCCGGUGUCCGUGCGUACGACGCUGUAAAUGAGCUGGCCGAUCUGAUCGGAGUGAAACCGGUGAAGCCUUCGCUGAUGAUUCGUCAAGCUGUUAGCAUCCGUGGAUUGAACGAUUUGAUCGAAGAAGUGUUGGCUCUGUUGCCAAAGGAGGAGCUUUUGGCGUUGUUUGAGCAGAAGAUGGAGACCAGCGCUGAGUUCAAGGCGUUCUUUGAGAAGCUUCAGAGUACCGAGUUUCAGAGUUUGGUGGACUUUGCCAAUAACUCCAGCGAGCUUCAAUCCCUGUUUGACAAACUACGUGAACACGGUGUUGAUGUCGACCAGUUCUUUGAGCUCGUCAAAGGAUUUUUCGGUUGGGGAUAUUAA